UUUAGAUUCAAAAUAUUCAGUAGUUAUUUAAUAAGAGCAUCCUUGCUUAAGAUUUUAAACUGCCUUUGUUAUCUAUAUAUUCUGAGAAAUCCACAUACACCAAAUAAAAGUAUUAGACUGUUGGAACAGACUUUUUGAAGAACUGGCAGUUGAAUAGUUUUAAUAAGUGGAAUCCACAUUCUGAAACAAAAAUGGCUCAAAACUUUGUACAGGGGUCCAUCGUGAAACUUCAAAGGAUUGCCAUAACUGGUAUGAAGAGAAACAAACCCCUUGCAUUGUCUUCAAUGAAAUUUUGUAACUAUUCAUCCUCAGCUCAGCAAGGUUCAGAGGAAGCCAAAGUCGCUGGCACUGUGAAAUCUGUCUUUAUAUCCCAGUCAAAUGAUAUUUUCACAAAUCUUGCACUUGAAGAUUGGUUGUACAGGAAUUUUGAUUUUACAAACCAUCAUAUCUUACUUUUGUGGCAAAAUUCGCCAGCUGUAGUAAUUGGCCGUCAUCAGAAUCCAUGGCUAGAGGCAAACACAGCCGUUCUGUCAGAACAUGGCAUUGAAAUAGCCCGAAGGAACAGUGGAGGUGGUACUGUCUAUCAUGAUCGUGGAAACUUGAAUCUCACUUUUUUCACACCACGAGAACAUUACAGUCGCAAGAAUAACUUGCAACUUAUAUGCAGAGCGUUACUCAGAGAAUGGGGCCUGAAAACUGAAAUUUCACCAAGAGAAGAUAUUGUCAGUGGAAAUUACAAACAGAUUUCAGGAACAGCUGCAAAACUGGGGCGUCCAAAUGCUUACCACCAUUGCACUCUGUUGGUUGACGUGGACAAGGUGAAAUUAGGACAUGCCCUGCAUAAACAUAAUAAGGGCAUUAAAACAAAUGCUACUCAGAGCAUUCCGUCCCCUGUCAUGAAUCUCUGCGAUUUGAACAGUCACGUGAAGAUGGAGAAACUGUUAGCGUCCAUUGGAUGGGAGUAUCUCCGCACUGACCCAUACUCUGCAGAGGACAAAGGAGAGGAUUUUAUUGGGAAACAAAGGGGAUUCCAGUUUAUCAACCCCACAGACCAGUGGUUCCCUGGUUUGGAAAAACUGCGUGCCGAAUUUGCAAGUUGGGGUUGGCGCUUUGGAAAGUCACCAAAAUUCAACGUGACCCGUACUUUCCGAGUUCCAAGAGAACUUCUCAGCAAGGAUGAAUUGACAGAUCAGGAGCUCAGCAUUACCAUAGAUGUGAACAAGGGAGUGGUUGAGGAUGUGUUGUUGACGGUGCCUCCCCGUCUUGCGGCUGCUAAAGGUUUCUCCGGACAAGCACAGGUCGUGACAUCAUUGAGAGGCCAACAAUUCUCUGAAGAAGCAAUAACAAUGCUGCAAAAGGCACUUAGUGAACUGGAGUCACCAGAACAAACCAGGAAUGAGUUCGUGGUGCACUGUAUGAGGCAAGUCGUGACAUCCAUCUGACAUGCAGAGUUCACACCAAUCAAGUGAAAUUAUUUGGUGGAUCAAUAAAAAAAAUCAUCUCCAUUUUAUGUUUUUUAACAGUUAGGGUUCAAAUAAAAAGAAAGGCAAUCUGCUUAUUAAAAUUAUUCCAAUAUUGCAUGUGCAUGUUGCAUUUGUUUAAAUAUAUAACCAUGUGAUGGUACAGUUGCAUUGUGGGUAUUAUUUUUUAUAGCAUCCUCUUUCCAGUUCUUCAUUUUAUUUUGUUAUUUCUUUGUGUGUGUGUUUUGUGUUUUUCUUUGGCAUUCAUAUGUUUACAAGUUAUUAAUUAUAAUACUUUUGCUAUGAUAACACAGAAGUUUCUUGAAUAAAUGUAAUCCAAAUGUGUUUUGCUUCAGGUGAAAGAAGCCGUGUGUAACCCUUCUCUGAUACUCAGUCCAGUACAUGUAAGUCUGUGCUGGACGAUUUUAUUAGUGUUGUUCCUGCUUAACCCUUUCCAUGUUAAAAAGAAAUAAGAUUUCUUACUUAUGAAAACUAGCCUCAUAUGUGGGAUUUGGGAUUCUUCUAUUGGGCUGUGAUUGAUGCCAUGUAAUGCGAUAAGAUGUUCAUCAGAGUUUUGGAGGGAUAUACUUCCUCCAUCUUCAGGGUCAAAGUGUAAGCCAAGCAGGCAACAAGCUGCUUGUUGCAUGUUGCUUACUUGACUCACUCCCCAGCCAUUAAGGUGGAGUUGGUACAUUUGUCUGAAAUCUGAGUGGACUUGUUCCAGACUACACAGCGUCACAUUCUACAAGAUAUUUCUCUUCAUAGGCCUUUUUUGCUUGAUAUAAUUUUGUUGUUUAGUGAUAUCUGUAAAGGAGAUUCUGGCUUUUCUUUGUUAAUCCUUAGAAGACCGAAUUUCUUCUAAAUAAUAUAUACAAGUUCAGUCCGUACCUCACAGUAAACAUACUCUAUCUCCAUAACAAAGCCA